UGCGUUGCCUGUAGAAAUGACAAGACGCCAGUUGAAAAAACGGUCAAGCUCAAAUGCCGGCAUCGCAUGUGCCACUCGUGCCUCCGCCGAGCCUUCAAAAAGUCGCUCACUGACCCCCAGCACAUGCCUCCGCGGUGCUGCACCACGGACCAUAUUUCGCCUAAACACGUCGAGAAGCUCUUUGACGCCCGUUUCAAGAAGGAUUGGAACCAAAGAUACGUGGAGUUCACGAGAAGAAACAGUCUAUACUGUCCUUCCCGUCGCUGCGGUCAGUGGAUCAGCCCAGAGGAUAUCCGACACGAAGGCGGGCGCAGACAAGCCCAAUGUAGUCGUUGCAGCAUCAAAAUCUGCGGCUCCUGCAGCCGAAAGUGGCAUUAUCAGUCUGAAUGCCCAAGGGACGAAGAAUCCACGCAGUUCCUCGAACAACUAAACCGAGAGGUAUGGCAGCGCUGCUAUCGUUGCAAAGCCACCAUUGAGCUCAAAGAGGGCAGCAAUCGCAUGACUUGCCACUGCGGAGCAGAGUUCUGUAUGGUAUGUGGGGGUAAGUGGAAGACUUGCCGCUGU